AUGAAGGAAAAUGCGAAGAUUUUCCGUUGCAUUCCUCCUUCAGCUAAUUGGUUCUCCUAUAAUACCGCUUCAUUAUCUGCAGAGGCAAAUUUAUUUGCAUAUGCUGCUGCUACUACUGUAUUUCUGCUUAAUGCAGAGACCUUGCAGUAUGUUGGAUAUUUAUCGGGACAUUCUGAUAAAAUAAACGCGCUGGAUACAGCUGGCACUUUGUGUGUUAGUGGAAGUUCUGAUAAAACUGUAAGGUGCUGGGAUAUGGAGAGCCAAAAACAAGUCGCGUCUCUGACUUCUUUUAAGAGCGACAUACUAGCUGUUGCAUGGACUACAGAUAACCAAUUAAUUGUAUCAGGUGAUAAACUUGGAGAUUUAACUAUUUGGAAUCCUAAUAAUAAUAAAUUCAACAAAUGUUAUUUCAUACAAUCGCCUGUCGAUUGUAUCGCCGCAUCACCAACUCAUCAUAGAUUGGUUGCAUUUGCCUUUCAUAAUGGAGCAAUCCUUAUUGUAAAUAUUGAUUCAUAUCUGAAUGGUCAUAUUAUUCGCCGCUUAAAUGGGCACGAUCUUGAUAUUCAAAGUUUAUGUUGGGAACCAAAAAAUGACGUAACAUCCGAAUUUACACAUUUGGUCUCUGGUUCUAGAGAUAAAACAGUACGCAUUUGGAAUGUUGAAGAGGAAAAGCUUACAAGAACGAUCACUAUGCCAGGUCCUUCGCCUCACUUGACAGAUCAGCAAAAAAUAAGACUAUUCAUGUCUACUGUAUGGUUUCCUGGAAAGAAUUGGCUGGUUUCGGCUUCAUAUAUGGGAGAUGUAUAUUUAUGGGACCUUGAUACUUUUCCAGCAAGGUUCCAAAAAUUCAGUAUCCAUAAUCGUCCUAUUUUCACAAUGCAAUUUUUUCCUUGUGGCACGAAAAUGAUCACAACUUCAAUGGACCGGCAGAUAAUAAUAUGGGAUAUUAUCGAAAGAAAACCCAUAAUUAUUGCUAUUACAAAUUCUCAAACUAUUAGUGACUUGGCCAUUUCUCCCAUGGACCCAUAUAAAUUAUCGAUUGGAGGUGGAGACACUUCAGUUAAAAUAUGGAAAUUCUCAAGCCCUCAAAAUCCAUAUGAUAUUUCCUUAUAUUAUAAGGGUCUUAAAAAUAAAAUAUCAAGCGGAAUGUUUGCUUAUGGUACCGAUAUGGGUGCAAUUGGUUGGUUUGAUGAAUUCCAAAGUGAUAAGAAUUUUAAAACUUUUGCCUCUUAUCAUAACAACAAAGUUUAUGCUAUUCAAUGGAGUAUGCCAGAUUGGUUAGAAUUGCCAGUAAAAGAAAAACCAGAGAAGGAUAAUAUGUUUGUUCUUAGUUGUGGGGGCGAUGGUCAAAUAUUACUAAGUGAUAUCUCAAGACCGAACUCACCAUCUUUAUCCGUCAAUAAUAUGAUUAUAGAAGUAAAUACAGAUUGGAUACAAUUCCUAAAGAAUAAAUCCGGAUAUUUACCAAAACGAAGUGAAAUUGCAGUACACCCUACUGGCAAAUAUCUCGCUGUUGGUAACGUUGAUGGAAAAUUAGAAAUUUAUGAAUUGCCUUCAUUAAAAAUAAUAUACCAUAAUGUUAGACAUCGCGCCAUUAUUAAUAAACUUACAUGGUGUCCUCUAGAUUCUGAAGGAAACUCUUUUCUACUUGCAUCUGGAUCAGACGAUACAUUAAUUACAAUCCAUGACUUAAGUGACCCGGAGAAGCUCGCUCCCACAGUUUAUAUUCCAUCAUCAUCUUGUAAGCAAACUCUUCAAAUGCAUAAAAGGGGAGUAACAGACAUUUCAUGGUGUCCAACUGAUACUACCAUGAUCCUUUCUUCGUCAUUUGAUGGAACAGCUAUUGUAUGGAAUAUAUUAGAUGGUUCCCCAAUUUCUUUAUUUUGUGGACAUCAACCUCAAAAUCGGGUAUUUUGUACGGAAUGGAGUUUGCAUGAUAAAGAUUUAGUUUUUACUGCUGGAGAUGAUGCAAUGUGUUUUGCUUGGAGGCCCAGUGAAAAUCCAUAUAAACCAAAGAAAGAUUUUAUAACAGAAUCGGCGUCUCUGAAUGAAAAAUUAUCACAUCAGAAACAAGAUGUUUUGUCGACAGAAAUAGUGGAAAUUCCUAUAGUAAAAGAUACUGUUACGAACGUAGAAAUUAAUCGUAAACCUGAUAAUCGGUCAUCCAAAAAGAUCAAAAAAUUAAAAACUCUUCUUCCUAUUAGUUCUAUUCCUUCUCGGCGCAAGAGUCUUCAAUAUAAAAUUUUUGAGCUUGCACAUAAAUUAUAUGGCGGUGAGUGGGAAAAGGCUAUGAAUUUAUGGGAGGACAAGGAGCCGGGCAAGGAAAAUACUGAUGAAUUUGGCCAACAAAAGUCUACGUUUGGUCAGCUCUUCUUUGGAGAAAAGUACACGGCAAGGAAAGCCAUUUUAAAAGAAGUUGAGGCGCAUAAUGAAACAGGUGCUACUUUCAAUUUGGGUGGCUUAGAAGCAACUCCUGCAAUUCUAUUGGAUUUAUGGUCCAGUAAUUUCACUUCAUUAGUUAAACGUACUGAAGAUAGUGAGGAAUUUUCCGGGCAAGACUGGAUGAUUCUUGCCCUUAGUCCUAUUGCUGGACGAGAUGUAUGGUUAUCUAUGAUGCACCGGCAGGCUCAAAAGCUUGUCGCAAAAAAUGAUCGUCACGGAGCUGUUAUGUGUCUGAUUGCGUGUGGAGAAAUACAUGAAGCAAUUAAUAUUUAUCGUAAAGCUGAGAUGUUUCGUGAAGCUAUUGCUCUAGCAAAACUGCGUCUUCCCGAAGAUGAACCUACUUUUUCGGAUUUAUAUAAUUCAUGGGCAAUUCAAUUAGAAAAGGAAGAGGCAUAUGAACAGGCUGCCUUAUGUCAUCUAAUAGCAAAAAAAGAAGAUUCAUUACAUCACGUAUUGAACACUUUAGCACGUCGAGGAGAUCUUUCUUCGCUUCGUGCUUCUGCAAGUUUAGCAUUAAUGCUCGAAGAUGAUUCUACUGAAGAACGAACACGUCGAUAUUUCGAAAAAAUAGAAGAAAAAAAGACAUCAAAUACUGAAUUAAGCGAAGAGCACAAACUUUUGGAAGAUGAAAGUGGUAAUAAGAAAGCAUUAAACCCCGAUACUAUAGAUAUUGAAAUUUAA